ACAGUUGAUAGAAAUUAUGACGUCCGACCCAAGAACCAAGAAGAAGAAGAGUUGACAAAAAUCAUUUGGGGGCAGGAUGGAUGAAAUAAAGAACAAAUUUUUGGAUUUAAUCCACAAACAGCAAAAUAAGAACAUGAAGAUCCCUGCAAUGGGAUUUUCCGACUAUUUCAUCCAAAAUGUCCAGACGUCCUCAAUCCAGACAGCCCCGUCCACGGCAAAAGCCCCACAUGGAGACUCCUCAGAGGCUCGUCUGUCCGAUCAGGAGAUACUCGAGGCCACAGAGGGCAUCUACUUCGAAGAUGGUGCCCACACAUCGCUGUACGAGCUGGAAAAAUUCCGUGAAAGGUGUGACCUCGAAGCCAUCUCGCAGCAAAUCUCUGUGCUGAAGCAGCAACACAAAGUGAUUUCGAAGAAAGUCCUCCAACUCAUCCUGGACAAUCGGACGGCGUGCAAUGAGGAAUUUUCACGAAUUGAGGAGACAGAGAAGAUGCUGUGUGAGGCGAUUUGGGUGUGCCGGAAGGGACGGAGUUAUUUGAAUUUUGCCAAAAAGAAUCUCACAACGACAAGCUUGGAGAUUUUAGCGACUUACAAGAAGCGUGAGGUACUCAUGGAGCUCCUGAAGACACUGAAAACAAUCAAGAGGAUCAAGACGACUGACACACAGCUGCAGGAACUCGUUUCCGGUGGCAACUACUCAGGCGCCAUUGAGACUCUCCUUGAGUGCCGGAAGGCAGCUGAACGGUACAGCCAGUACAAGUGUGUGGAAUCCCUGUCGCAGAAGCUCCAGGAUACCCUUCUUAUGACCGAAGUGCAAUUGGACGCGGUACUUAAUGAGAUGACACAGCAAUUUGAUACGAAGAAGUAUACAAAACUCCAGGAGGCCUACAAGCUACUCGGGAAGACCCUCAUUGCAAUGGAUCAGCUGCACAUCAGCUUCAUCUCCACCAUCCAUACGGCAGCUUUUACUGUUGUCCGUGCUAAUGGUGAUGCAGCGGACGAGCAGAAGCCGAAGCAACUCUUUGAGGCUCUCUGUGAAUCCGUGGCUGCGGACAAGUACAUUUCGUGCCUCAUUAAUCUCUGUCGUUCCUUCUGGGGUAUUCUCUCGUGCUACUACCAGGUUACGCUGUGGCAUCAAAACUUCAACGUUGACCCCGAAGCUGAUGAGUACAUCCAUGAGAAGCUGAAGAAUGGCCAAGUGCGCAUCUGGAAUGAUAUCCAGGCAAAGAUUUCCGUGUACCUGUCCAGCCCACGGUUGCAUCAACUCAAAUUUGAGCAAUUCAUCCAAGUUCUCUGCAUCAUUCAGCGACUAAAGAAGGUUGGUGUGGAAUUCUGCGGGGAUUCCUCUGGGAAACUCAUGGAAAGUAUGAAAAAUCAGAGCAUGGAAUUCUUCAAGCGCUACCACUCAUCCUGCCUCGAGGAGAUUAGCUUAUUCCUCGACAACGAAGCAUGGGUGUGCGUGAAUUCCUUCAGCAGUGUCUCCCAAUUGCAGGAAUUCAAGUCCAUGAAGAAAGCCCUCCAGCGUCAUUCAACGGCCCAGGAUUCCGGGAAACCCCCAACACCACGUCCAUCGCAGCCUCCGGUGGGAAAUAUGGACAACGACUCUUCUGCCCACUCUCAGGAUGGCGGGAGUUCCAUCUAUGCCUAUUGCGGGUACUUCCUACGCUUUUCGGAGAAGAGUAGCCCCUUCGAUGGGGGAUUCGAUGAAUCAAUGCUCGAGGAGGACAUCCUCGCGGGAAUUGCCGAUGAAACAUCCUGCUACUUCUCCGAAGAAAGCGAUGAUGACAAUUUUCAGGGAGCCAAUGAUGCAGACUCGGCGCAGGCAUCGCUGAUUGUUAACAAUACCUCCCUCACGGUUCUCCGCUGUAUUGGACGCUAUUUGCAAAUGUGUCGCCUCCUGCAUUCCAUUGCACCCCAAAUUGUAGCUUGUAUGAUGGAAUUAAUUGACUUCUUCAUCUACGUUGUGCACGAAUUCUUCGCACGUGACCUCCCUGUGGCCAGCAACAAUCUCUACACGCCGCACUUGACGCGGAAUCUCCAGAGAAUCUCAAUGGAAAUCAUUCCAAAGGUUAAAAAUUGGCCCCCAUCGAAGAUGAUGAUUGCCAAUGAGCUGCAAGAUGGGGAUGAAAUGUAUGGGCUGGCAAAGAGAAUUGUGGGCAUUGAGAGUGCUUGUUGCCUUGUGGAGCAAUUUGAGCAGCUACAGAACUACAUGUUGCACCUCCUGCCCCCCAAUGAGCGGAAACCCCUUGAGGAGUAUUUUAGCAAUUCGGCGUAUGUGAGUGAUCUCCGGAAGCCCGUCUACAUGUGCACAACUGCUCGUUUAGCCGACAUGCAGAGUAUCCUCCUGGCCAUGGCGAAGAUUAAGUGGGACGUCAAUGAUGUCACAGUCCAUCAUUCAGCCUACAUUGACAGUAUUACAAGGGCUAUUCAGACUUUUGCAAUGCGCCUGGAGGAGCUGUCGAAGCAGACCAUCGUGCCAAAGGCCUUUGUGUGGGAUAGCAUGGCACACGUGCUGACACACACACUCGUGGAGGGUUUCUCGAAUGCCAAGAAGUGCUCAACAGGUGGUCGUGCACAGAUGCAGCUGGACUUUGCGCAUUUCAUCUCAAUCCUCGAGCUUAUUUCGGGGCUCAAGUACACCAUCCAUCAGGGGUACGUUGACGCCUAUGUGAAGGCCUUCUACCUGCCCAAGGAUCUCCUCGAGGAGUGGAUUCGGGAGCAGAAGGAAUCCACGGAGUACUCGGAGAAGCAACUCGUUGGCCUUGUUAUGUGUACGUGCAACAAUGACAAGAAGAUGCGGCAAAAAUUGCUUGGGAUCAUCGGUACGGGCGAUGUAUCCUAAAAGCAUUCCUUAAUUCUCUUUCUUAAUCUCUCUAUCUACUUUUUUUUUUCUAUAUUUUCUUAGAAAAUAAUACAAUCUCAGAGUCCUUUCUCGAAUACAGUGUGAUCACCCUGAGAUCUCACUGAUCUUCUUUUUUUUUAGAAAUCUCAAACAUUCCUUAUCUAUCGGACUUAAUCUCCAAAUGUUUUUUUUUUUUUUAAUUCACACGAAAUAAUGUCUUUGUUAGAAAAAAAAAUUGUCUAUAAAAUUAAAAAUAUUAGUCGAAAUAUAUAUUUAUUUAAUGUUUCCAAA